CCUCUCACCUCCCUCACUUGCUGCACGCAGGCCAACACGCUCGCCCCGUACCUCAGCGCCAUCCGCAGCUCGCUGGACUCGGCGCUGUGUCUGCGCAACUUCCCGUCGCAGACCGUGGAGCGCCACAACAAGCCGGAAGUCGAGCUGCAGUACGUUGGCCGCCUCGCCGCGCACCUCACAUUCUAUGAGGAAGACAUCGGCCGCUAACUGCUCCUUAUUGCCGCGCAGGUUGAGCAAGGAGCUGCUGCUGAACCCCGUGCUGAUCUGCCGCAACGAGCAGGAGAAGUGCCUGAUCGAGCCGUCCAUCAACUCGACGCGCGUGAGCAUCUGCAUCAAGAAGGCGGACGAGAUCGAGACGAUCCUGAGCCACAAGUUCAACCGCUUCCUCAUGCAGCGCGCCGAGCAGUUCAUCAUCAUGCGGCGGGUGCCCGUGGAGGGCUACGACAUGAGCUUCCUCGUGGUGCACCAGCACCUCGAGAACAUGUACAAGCACAAGCUCAUCGACUUCAUCAUCACCUUCAUGGAGGACAUCGACAAGGAGAUCAGCGAGAUGAAGAUCUCGCUCAACGCACGCGGCCGCAUCGUCGCCACCGAGUUCAUGAAGCAGUUCACCUGAGCGCGCCCGCUGCACAGGAAGUUGCUGCUGCUCGCUAGAUGAUUCGCCUGGACUGCAGCACUUUUGCGUCGUGGAAGGCUGCUACAGAGGCGAAAUGAGGAGGAGAAGGAAAAGGAGGGAAGGUGUCAGUGGAAGAAUUGAUUCUCUUUUAGGGGCCAUCGCGAGGAGUAAAUAAAAAAGUGUGGUUUCCAGUCGCGACUGCCGCAGCGCAUCGUUUCUAACUGUGGCCGAUGUCUCGGCGCUCUGCCCUCUUCACCGCCGCUGAUAAAAAUUAUACAGGCCAGAAGGCGGCGCGGCGUCUCCACUAAGCCGCGCCUGCCUCCUCAUACAUCUAGGUCUACUUGGGUCUUGUGCCGGGAAGAGCGCGCCGAACGUACCAGCUACAUGAUGCUGCAGUUGGCAUCACCGGAGCAGUCCACGUCGUCGCCGCACUGCUGGAGCUUGCCGAUGAAGCACUUCUCCAUCAUCUUGCGCGCGUUCUUGGUGUGGAACUUCAUGUCCCUGGCGCAGUCCAGACCGCCGGCCUUGCGCAGGAUGGAGCGCACGCCGCCGGGAUGUGCCGUCACGAGGCCCGUCACGUCGUACACCUGACCGCUGGACACGAGCCAGCAGGACUCAAGCGAGCGGUGCAGCUUCACCUCGCACA